GCUCUAUCAGGAACACGAAAGGGCAUGUCGGUGGCUUGGCAGCAAGCCAGGAGACAGAGUCCGAUCCUGCCUGGGCCUGAACUCCAGGGAGGCAAAACAGCUGAGAUCAUUUCCGAGGCAGGUCUGGAGACGGGCAGGAGGACCGGAGAGAUCUUCUGCGGUGGGGGGCACAGCUGAACGAAGCCCCCGGAGCCUUCGCUGGGGACGGAUGAGACAGCUGGAGUGGGGAGGCAGGUGAGUUCACAGGCUGCAGCCUGUCAGGAGUCGACCGGAUGCUCAGCCUGAGUCCCCCAAGAUAACAAUUUGGUGUUGAGUCGUUUAGUCGUGUCCGCCUCUUCAUGACCCCAUGGACCAGAGCACGCCAGGCCCUCCUGUCUUCCACUGCCUCCCGCAGUUUGGUCAAACUCAUGCUGGUAGCUUUGAGAACACUAUCCAACCAUCUUGUCCUCUGUUGUCCCCUUCUCCUUGUGCCCUCUAUCUUUCCCAACAUCAGGGUCUUUUCCAGGGAGUCUUCUCUUCUCAUGAGGUGGCCAAAGUCUUGGCGCCUCAGCUUCAGGAUCUGUCCUUCCAGUGAGCACUCAGGGCUGAUUUCCUUAAGAAUGGAUACGUUUGAUCUUCUUGCAGUUCAUGGGACUCUCAAGAGUCUCCUCCAGCACCAGAAUUCAAAAGCAUCAAUUCUUCGGCGAUCAGCCUUCUUUGAUGGUCUUUAUGUAUGACAACAAUAGACCAUUUUCCACAUCUAUUUUUGGCCCUGGAAAUGUCUCAGGAUCCAGCUGGGCAGUGAGAGGCUCCUCUGCAGAGGCCCCUCCCUCAAAUGGAGGGGUUUCAUUUCAUUUGGCAGCUCAGGGCAACUCAGACUCCCCCUGGGUCCUGGGGGCUGCUUGAGAUGUGCCUGCUACUCAGGACAACCUGCGCUGCGCAGCCUGUGCUAUCAGAAUUUUAAGGUCCCAAAUAUAGAAUAAAUACUCAUAAAUGCACACAUGUCUAAAUACAUGAUCUGUUGUAAACAAAAUCUACCCUUUUCCCUUAUGGGGUAUUCAAGAGCCCAUAUAAAGUCCUUACGUAGGUUUCCUAUUGGUAGGAGAAAAUAACAGAGGUCAACCAGAGAAUAUUGAGAAGCAAAGCAGCUAGUAAGCCUGAUCUUUAUUGAUCUGUUGCAACAGGGUGCUCCCCUCACCUGCAGGAGAAGAGGAGGAACCCAGAACAAUGGCGCACAAGGCCUUAUAUAGACAUUUUAAAUUCCCUGCCCUGGAGCUCAAGACCACCCCUCCAUACAUCAUACAUACAUCACAGAAGGGGUGUAACCCAAGACCACCACCCACAAACAUCACACCUACAUUACAGAAGAGGUGGUCUACAACAGAAAUUUGAAUGUUGUUGUUUUUCCUGUCUGCCAGGUUAUCUGAUAAUGCCUUAUCUGAUUGCCUUUCCUGGUAGUCUGUCACCCUUUGAGAUUGUGAUUUCCCAAUUCCUGAGACUAUGGGAAGGUUCCCUCACCGCCUCCCUCCUUGCAGGGAAAACAUUUGUUCAGUUUGGAGUAAAAAUGGUUCCAGGUUGGUCUUCCUGUGCUGAUCUAUGUACAUGCUUGGUUGAUACAUUUAUGAACAUUUAUUAUAUAUAUAAGACCUUAAAUAUUAUUAUUACAGAACCAUGUGUCUGAAAAAGUAUGGGAGAGCAAUCCCAAUGACCUAAAAUAUUCCUUGCAGGAAGGGAGGCAAAUGGGGAAAGCCUUCUCAUUGUCUUUUCACUGGGAAAUCCUGUCUUAAGGGAGUAUUUGAGUAUUUGUGUAGGAAUAGGGUGAGCCUGCAACCUGGACUCAGGAACUAAAGUAUUAACCAUCGCAAAAGAAUGGCCAGGCUGCCCAGGUAAUGCAAUCAGUGACCACUAUCAGGUAUCCUGGCAGGCAGGAGUUCUGUUGGAGACCGCCUCCUCCUGUGAUGUAUGUAUGACGUUUUGGGGGGUGGUCAUGGACUCCAGGGUGAGCGAUUUCAAAAGUCUAUAUAAAAGCUUGCACACCAUUGUUCUGGGUUCCUCCUUCCUCCUGCGUGUGGGGAGCAGGGACCCUGUUGCAACAGUUUAAUAAAGAUCAGGCUUACUAGCUGUUUUGCUUCUCGAUAUACUCUGGUUGGAGUCUGUUGUUUUCUCCUAACAAUAGGGAACCCACUUAAGGACUCUAUACAGGCUCUGGAAUACCCCAUAAGGGAAAGGGAGCAGUUUUUCUUAUAACAGCCUGUAAGCAGCUGAGGUCACAGAAACAUAACAUUGUAGGGUUGGAUGGGACUGUUAGGAUACUGCCGGGGAGACGGUGGGGGGCAUUUGGCAGGCCCCCAGCUGGCUCCAGCCACCAGCCAGAAGCCAGGCAAUCUCCAGUUCUCGGAACAGCAUCAAACAGCGACACAAGCCUCAGAGACGUUCAGAAGCUGAGCAUGCUCUAGUCAGCAGAGUGAGUAACUUCUCCCAACGGAAGUGGCGGACAGAGACAUGUGCAAGCAUUAUUUACAGGCGUUUAUUCCACAUAGUUCAGGAACAAAGGAAAAACAUGUCUGCUUCCCUUCGUGUCCAGCAAAACAGCAAUAUAGCAAAAGCAAUAUACAACGGAAGUUCCCAGCAGACUGUGCUGGAAAUAUUAACAGGCAUGUGACACACAACAGUCAUGCCUGUUCCUUUGAAGGUGGAACAGAAAUAUAUCCUAACAGGGACCCUGAGGGCCAUCUAGUCCAGCCCAUUGUAGCUCAAGAAUCCCUGGCAGGUGGCCAUCCAAUCUCUGCUUAAAGACCUCCAAGGAAGGACAGUCCGCCAGCUUCCGAGGGAGACCGUCCCACUGUUGAUCAGCAUUUGCAGGCAGUUAAUAAUAAUAAUAAUAAUAAUAAUAAUAAUAAUAAUAAUAAUUUAUUUAUACCCCACCCUUCUAGAUGGGCUUCCCCAGCCACUCUGGGCGGCUUCCAACAAAAUAUUCAAAUACAAUAGUGCGUCAAACAUUAAAAGCUUCCCUAAAGAGGCCUGCCAUCAGAUGUCUUCUAAAAGUCUGGUAGUUGUUGUUCUCUUUGACAUCUGGUGGGAGGGCGUUCCACAGGGCGGGCGCCACCACCGAGAAGGCCCUCUGCCUGGUUCCCUGUAACCUCACUUCUCGCAAUGAGGGAACCGCCAGAAGGCCCUUGGCGCUGGACCUCAGCGUCCGGGCAGAACGAUGGGGGUGGAGACGCUGCUUCAGAUAUACAGUACCUAAGGAUAUGCCUGCACACACAAACACAGUAACACAAAAGUGUGUGUGUGGAGAGGGAGAGAGAGGGAAACAAUCAGUCAACUUUGCUUAGUGCCCAUUUGCAAAACAAAUGCAUCCCCCGGGAUGUUCCGUCUUAAGCCUUUUAGCUUGCAGCAGCAUGAACGGUGCUAAUAAUAAUAAUAAUAAUAAUAAUAAUAAUAUUAUUAUUAUUAAUACCCCGCCCAUCUGGCUGGGUUUCCCCAGCUACUCUGGGUGGCUUCCAGCAAAAUAUUCAAAUGCAAUAAAAUACAAUGCUGGGGUGGGUUUGGAGCUCAGCAUCAAAAGGUGGCAGAAUUUGGAAACUGGAGGUGUGUAACGAUGUCAGUAAAUAAGCUGCAGCUGGAUGAUACCCAGAAAUUUCAAAAGGGAGGGAGGUUGGAUGGCAAAAAAAGGAUGUGGGUAGAGCUUUGGCAGCACAGAAAUAAUAGGAAAACAACCAUUUAGUGCUUAUCAGAGUGUCUCGUGUUUGACUAAGGUGUUGGGUGUGAAGCAGGGACCAGCCAGAGGUCUAAUAAAAGAUUCCAGGAAACAGGAAGGGGAAAGGAGAAACUUGACCCUGCCUAGCUGAACUGUGGAACUCCCUGCCACAGGAGGCAGUGAGGACCAAUUCAUGGAGUAGGAGAGGGCUGUCGAUGGCUGCUCGCCACAAUGGCUGUGCUCUGCCCAUCACGGUCAGAGGCAGCAACGCUGCUGAAUGCCAGUGUCUGGAAACUGCAGGAGGGGAGAGUUGCUCUUGGGUUCGGAUCCUGCUAAGGGGCAUUCAGUCAGCUGCUGUGAUGACAGGAGGCUGGACUAGGUGGACCGCUGGCCUGUUCCAGCAGGGACUUAUUAUGUUAUAGAUACAGGUAGGUAGCUGUGUUGGUCUGCCGUGGUCGAAACAAAAUAAAAAAAUUCCUUCCAGUAGCACCUUAAAGGUAAAGGGACCCCUGACCAUUAGGUCCAGUCGUGGCCGACUCUGGGGUUGUGGUGCUCAUCUCGCUUUAUUGGCCGAGGGAGCCGGCGUACAGCUUCCGGGUCAUGUGGCCAGCAGGACUAAGCUGCUUCUGGUGAACCAGAGCAGCGCACGGAAAUGCCAUUUACCUUCCCGCCAGAGCGGGACCUACUCAUCUACUUGCACCUUGAUGUGAGCUAGUCCUAGGCUCUGUGGUUUAACCCACAGCGUCACCCACAUCCCUUCAAAUUGCAAAGGGGAGUAGCACCUUAGAGACCAGCUAAGUUUGUUAUUGGUAUGAGCUUUCGUGUGCAUGUACACUUCUUCAGAUACAUGUUAUGAACGCCAUCUCAACUCCUCGAAAGAUUCCAUCAACAGUGUCUCCGAAAAUUUUUGCACAUCCCUUGGGAAGACAGGCAAUCUAAUGCCAGUGUACUGGAAGAAGCAAAGCUCACCAGUGUUGAAGCAAUGAUUCUUCAACAUCAACUUCGUUGGAGUGGUCAUGUUGUGCGGAUGCCUGAUGAUCAUCUUCCAAAGCAACUACUUGAAAAUUGAAAGUGUCAUGCUGGUGGUCAACAAAAGAGGUUUAAAGACACUCUCAAGGCAAAUCUUUAAAAAUGUAGUAUAAACACUGACAACUGGGAAACGCUGGCCUGCGAGUGCUCCAGUUGGAGAACAGCCUUGACCAAAGAUGUCCUGGGUUUUUAAGACACUCGAACUCAGGACGCAAGGGAGAAACAUGCUAAGAUAGGGACACUCGAACUUUGACGACACUCAAACUCAGGACAAAAGGGAGAAACAUGCUCACCAUGAUCAACUCUCACCCGAAAACCAAUAUCCCCACUGUCGAAGGAUGUGUGGCUCCAGAACUGGCCCCCACAGUUGCUUAUGGACUCAUUGUUAAAGUCAUGUUUAUGGAAGACGACGAUCUUCUUUGGCUAUGAGGGAUUUCCAAAGAAGAAACAAGAUUAUGUCAACCAUCAAAAAGGGACUGGAGUCACUGGGGCAAUCCAGCCAGAUGGGCAGGGUAUAAAUAGCGUUAUUAUUAGUAGUAGUAUUAGUGUUAGUUUUAUUACCACCACCACCACUGAUAAACCAGUAAUUCACUCGCUGUUGGAGGCUGCUUUAGAGGGGAAUGUUUGGCAGCUGACUUGGGAGGGGGUCCCCUCCCCCCUUUUAGCUCUCUCUAUAAGCCCUUUGCAUUUACUCAAAAAGUGUCCAGGGGAACACCAGCCUCUGAUGGGGCACAUCUCAGGUGUCUCUGUUUCCACCCCUUCCUCUUUCUCUGCUUAGAUCUCUUUCCCACCUUGUCUGCAGGUAGCCCCUCACCUGCUGCCGCCACCCUGCAGCCUCCGACCCCUGCCUCUUCCACCGCCGCAUCCUCAUGGAGACCAGUCCCGGGAGCGGCUUGGUGGGGGUCCUGAAUGGCCUGGCAGCUCAGCUGGGAGAGCCUGCAAUAGCAGACACGGUGAGUGCGUUUAUUCUACGCCAACCUCUUAAGGCAGCCUUCUCUCAGAAUAUCCCAAUACCCUCCCCAUUUGAAAUUUGUCAAGCCACUGGGAGCGAGUCUUUCAGUGGCGAUGUCUUAAAGUCCUUCGAUGCAUCAUGGAGUUCAUCUACAGAACUCCCUGCUGCAGGAGACAGUGAUGGACACCAACUUAGGUAAAGGUAAAGGGACCCCUGACCAUUACGUCCAGUCGUGGCCGAUUCUGGGGUUGCGACGCUCAUCUCGCUUUAUUGGCCGAGGGAGCCGGCGUACAGCUUCCGGGUCAUGUGGCCAGCAGGACUAAGCCGCAUCUGGCAAACCAUGCGCUGCUCUGGUUCGCCAGAAGCAGCUUAAUCAUCAUCAUCAUAAUAAUUUAUUAUUUAUACCCCACCCGUCUGGCUGAGUUUCCCCAGCCACUCUGGGCGGCUUCCAAUCAAGUGUUAAAAACAAUACAGCAUUAAAUAUUAAAAGCUUCCCUAAAUAGGGCUGCUUUCAGAUGUCUUUUAAAGAUAAGAUAGAUGCUUAUUUCCUUCACAUCUGAAGGGGGGCGUUCCACAGGGCGGGUGCCACCACCGAGAAGGCCCUCUGUCUGGUUCCCUGUAACCUCACUUCUUGCAAUGAGGCCACAUGACCCGGAAGCUGUACGCCAGCUCCCACGGCCAAUAAAGCGAGAUGAGUGCCACAACCCCAGAGUUGGCCACAACUGGACCUAACGGCCAGGGGUCCCUUUACCUUUAUUAUAUAUAUAAGACCUUACAUUUUUUAUUUCAGUGGUGACAGCCACUCCAUGGGGUGCCCUCAGGGGUCUCCUGGGGUCUGCACCCGCCCUGUCUGAUUCAGAGCGGUCUUUUUGCCUCUGCAAUGCCCUGAUUCAGCCAUUGGGUAAGGUUGAUUCCUGCCCUCCUUGUUCCUGAUGUAGAUCUUCAAAUCCCCCUUUUCCCCCUGGAGGGAGGUGCGGUGUUUUUUUGUGGUUCACCUCGGGUGCCCAAAUGUCUUGGGUCCGCCCUGCUCUCGCACUCCGAUCCUCCUUGCGGGUUCCCAUCAUGGGCAUCUGGCUGGCACAGUGAGGACUGCGAGACUAGAUGGGCCUGAUCCAGCUGGCUCUACUUAUGUGCUUAAAGAUCAAGUUUUGCUAAAAGGGAGGAUGCACAGUGUGUGGAUUUCAAACCAAAAAUAAUUUAGGGUGGUGGCAAUAAAUCAUAGAACUGUAGUGUUGGAAGGGACCCCUGGGGGUCAUCUAGUCCAACCCCCUGCAAGGCAGGAAUCUCAGCAUACAGCCCCCCACCCAAUUUGAAACCCUACUGAACCUUACUUAGCUUUGCAAUUGUGCUGGCAGUUUUAUAGCUGCACCAAACAGCCACUUCUUCUAUUGCUGCUUGAUGAAUUGCUUGCGUCACCCUUUGCAAUAACUGUUACUGACAUCUUUAUUAUUCUGUACAGUGAUAUUAUUCUUGAGCAGGCAUCCCCAAACUCGGCCCUCCAGCUGUUUUGGGACUACAAUUCCCAUCAUUCCUGACCACUGGUCCUGUUAGCUAGGGAUGAUGGGAGUUGCAGUCCCAAAACAGCUGGAGGGCCAAGUUUGGGGGUGCCUGUUCUUGAGAAUAAAUAGAAAUAUACAAAUGGAGGGGAAGAUGGCAUUUGAAUGCUUGAAGCAGGGUUUUGAGCUCUAAGGCCAACUCUAAGGCAAGUUUCUGCUCUAUAACCAACUCUUAGCAUUUGUUUUUAUCUUCUCUUCCAUUUUAUUUCUUAACUCCUUUUAGUGCUUCGCUUUGUUGUUUUAAUUUAUUGUUUUAUCUCAUUGUUUUAUUGUUCUAACUCCUCUAAACUGUGAGGCUGCCUGAAGCUGGGGUGGGCUGAGCACUUUGCUAGGCAGUGCCAAACGCAAGGUCGAGCCAAAGUUUACAAGAUACUAGUUAUAAAUUAAGGAAGAGAAACAUCUUGAUUAUCAGAACUGUUGAUGAGCGAGCCCAGGUGGCAGCUGCAGAGAGUCUCCAAAACGCCCCCUUCUGCUGGAUGGCACUCAUGCCAGACUCGUAAAUUCAAGUCCGCCACAUUUGGAGAUAAUUGAUUUCUGCAAACUGCCGGCGAAUAAUCAUAAUUAUUAUGGUACUUACUAGAAAGAACUGCAAAGAUCUGGGAAUCAUGCCAGAUUCGUUAAUCAGCUCCCCACAACCCCGAAGGAGACAGAGCAAAAUCACACAUUAUUUUCUCCAAAAGGAGGAGAGUAAGAGGGAGCUGAAUGAGACUGAAUGAGCUGAAUAAGGGAAGCGGGUGGCGCUGUGGGUUAAACCACAGAGCCUAGGGCUUGCCAAUCAGAAGGAAGGCGGUUCGAAUCCCCGCGACGGGGUGAGCUCCCGUUGCUCUGUACCUGCUCCUGCCAACCUAGCAGUUCGAAAGCACGUCAAAGUGCAAGUAGAUCAAUAGGUACCGCUCUGGCGGGAAGGUCAACGGCAUUUCCGUGCGGUGCUCUGGUUCGCCAGAAGUGGCUUAGUCAUGCUGGCCACGUGACCCAGAAGCUGUAUGCUGGCUCCCUUGGCCAAUAAAGCGAGAUGAGCACCGCAACCCCAGUGUCGGCCACGACUGGACCUAAUGGUCAGGGGUCCCUUUACCUUUAUCUUUAAGAGGGAACUGAAUGAGGCCCUUCCUCCUCCCCCCACUGUUCUGGAUUGGUCAACUCAUCUUAAAGGGCUCCAAAGAAAAGGCUAGUUUUUUUACUUUAUUAUGUCCGUGCUUGAGGUUGGAUGGGAUGAAUUCAAAAGCGGAGGGCAGAGAAAUCAGCAUGCCAAACUUCUGCCCUGCAGGGCUUGGAGGAGGACUUGGAAGAGGAGGGCCAGGUGAGGCGGCCAGUGGCCCAGUGGACCGUCUCGGAGGUCUGCUCCUGGCUGAGCCGAGGGUCCCUGGGGGCUCAGGGGAAGCCCCUCCUGGAAGCGGCACACAGCCACGCCAUCUCUGGAAAGGCCCUGCUGCGCCUGACGGACGAGACGCUGGAGCGCAUGGGGGUUGCGCCCUGGAGCUUGCGGCAGGAGCUGUUGCGCGAAGUCCUGCACCUCCGCAUUCAGCAGGAGAUGAAAGACUUGCUGGACAUUACAGGAGGUGAGGACGGGCACCCAAAGCAGGCGGGGAAUCGCACGGGUGCCCCAUAACUGUCCCCAUCUACUGGGUGCUGUCAAAGUCCCUACUGGGACUGGAAUGGAAGCAGAAUGUGUAGGGUUGGGGGUGGGGAGACCGAGGGCAUUGAUUUAUUUAAUAAAAUGUAUCCCUGUUAACGGAGAAAUCUGAGGGCUCCUUGGACAAAAACCAAGGCCACCAGCCAGGAAUACCAGAGCAAAACAGCAGCCAGGAGGCUUGGUCUUGAUUGAAGACUGUGGCGACAGGACUCCCACCUGCCACCAGGUGGAACAAGAUGCAAGCCCCUAACAAGAGAGAACCCAAACUUUUAUUAGCUGCUAAUCCCCAUGUUACACCCCCCAAACUACAUCACUCAUACAUCACGGUUACAUCAUGAAAGGGGAGGUCUGGUGGCAGUAAUCUGAGCAUCCUGGACCCUGCCCCAUGGUUCCCCUUGCCCUCCACCAAACACCCAUCAAGUGGAACAAAAGAGAUAUUUCCCUGUUUCCCAGCCAAGUUAAUCGCACCCUUUUGUCUUCAUCUGGGUUUGUUAUUUCUGGUUUUCCCAGUGAGCCAGUACAUAGAUGCAUUUAUCAGUGAAUUCUUACAUUUGGUAUUGUGCGGCAGAGGCCCUUUGAAUAGACAGGAAGAAACUGUGAUGAAGUGUUUUGUGGGGACAAAUCACAAAAGUCACAAAAGCGACUGUGCUAAUUUUGGCAGUGGGCUGCAUGUCCAUGACAUCUGCUGGAGGGGCAACACCCCCCCAACCUAUACAUAAAUUCCUGCAACAACCCCCACAUAAUAAAUUUUAAUUUAAGUUUUAACGUUAUAAGGGGAAAAUUACAGAAGGAAAAAUAAUAAAGAAAACACACACACACACACACAGAGGAUACCAGGGGACUAAAGAAAGCAUUUUGCAGCAUCAGUGCAGACAUGGAACAUGAAUUCUGCAGAAUAUUGCUCGAGCUUAACAAAUAAGCAUUUGGAAAGGAAAAUUCUGCAGUGAUUACCAGUACAUACACUGAAUGCAAGGUGGAUCCAACAGAAACAUUAAUCUUAAUUCCCUUGCUUUUGUAUCAUGUGUGCAACCGUAAGAAUAGAGCUGUAAUGAAACGUGGUAAGAUAAAAUAAAAUAUAAAAGCAUGGGUGUGUAAUAAAAUUUAUACACUGUUAGAUUAUUUGAAAAGACCCUCAAAGCGGCUUACAAAACAGACAAAACAAUGAAAUGAUCAAUUAGAAAGAUUAACACUUUGGAAAGUUUAAAUAACAAUAGGCUACAAAGAGGUUAAAACUCGCAUCAACUUUCUAAGCAUCUGGAUAGGCAGAUGUUUUAUUUAGUGGGUGCCGAAAAGAGGUGCUGUCAGUCUGAGUUCUUAAAAUGUGGAGUGGGUGUUCAUCGCACCUGUAGCAGUGCCAGUUCCGCCGAUGGAAGUGUUUUAAUAAACGGUCUUGCAAUAUUUCUGAAGGAAACUAAACAACCCCUUCUCCGUUCUUCCACACACAGCGUGAUCGAGGGAGGCCCGCUGUCAAGUGAGCUGCUCUGUCUGGGAUGCAAAAAAAGGAACACGCUUUGGUGCCAGCCUUUGGCUGCAACUGGACCUCCGAGCUGGACGGUGGAGCCCAAAGCCCAGUGCCAGGCCAGGCUUCAAGAACUGCAGAAUCGAAGGAGCUGCUUUGGGGUUUGGACUCGGCAGUUUGCAGCCCCGGGGGCAAAGGCUUUCGUGGCAGAAUGUGGGUUUUCUCGGGGAAGGGGCUGCCCCCCAUGCCUGUAGCCUCCUAGGGGCCUCCUGCAAACAUCUGGUCAGAGGAGGAUGGCCCACUCUUCGUAGGUGUGGGGAAGGGUUGCACCCCAGCAGUGGAAGUUAUGUUGCUAGGCAUGCAGAAGGCAAGAGGCUCAACAUCUGGGAGCUGCAGGCUGGGGGGGGAUCCCUGCAGAGAUCCUGCCAGUCAAAGAGGGCCAUACUGAGUUAGGUGGACCAGGCGUCUGACUGAUUUGCUGAGACGUAAAGCUACGAAACUGUCGUUUGAGAAAGUAUUUUUCAUUUUGAAUUCGACAGGACUUGCUUCCCGGAAGCCCAGUACAGUGGUACCUCGGGUUACAGACGCUUCAGGUUAUAGACACUUCAGGUUACAGACUCCGCUAACCCAGAAAUAGUACCUCGGGUUAAGAACUUUGCUUCAGGAUGAGAACAGAAAUCGUGCUCCCGUGCCACGGCAGCAGCAGGAGGCUCCAUUAGCUAAAGUGGUGCUUCAGGUUAAGAACAGUUUCAGGUUAAGAACGGACCUCUGGAACGAACUAAGUACUUAACCUGAGGUACCACUGUAUGAUGCUACAAAUAAAACAGAUACAUAACCUAUUUCCUGCUCUGCAAAAUUAAAUCAACUUUUAUUACAGUGCACCAUACAAAAACAUUACUUUAGUACAUGGGUAGGCAAACUAAGGCCCGGGGGCCGGAUCCGGCCCAAUCGCCUUCUAAAUCCAGCCCACGGACGGUCCGGGAAUCAGCGUGUUUUUACAUGAGUAGAAUGUGUUUUUAUUUAAAAUGCAUAUCUGGGUUAUUUGUGGGGCAUAGGAAUUCAUUAAUUUUUUAGUCCACCCCCCC